GUCUUCGCAUCCAUCAAUGCUAUGUGCUUAUCAUCGUUAUUAAUAGCGCGUACGACUCGCAAUUGAUCGCCGGAUUAAAUCAUACGUAUUAAUUCAUGCUCGUCAUCGCUUUUUGUCGUAUUAUAUCGCUGUAUAUUUUUGGCAGCUGACAGAGGAAUCCCCGAAAGAACAAUACGACGCAUUCUCGCGUCGCACUAGUUUCCGUUAUCGCGCAUUACGGGCCGCGUCAUACGAAACCUGUAAUCUUUCCCUAGCGAUUUCCUUUGACACGCGACUACAACGAUCACGGGAUCGCCCGUGAUCGAAAGGAAAGUUUUAGUCGGACCAUGUCGGAAAGCGACAGUUUCUUCUCAGAACGAACGGUCCGCUUGGGUGGGGAAAAUCGAUAGGAAAAGGCGAGUUCAAAGUGCCGAGGAAGAAGAGUACGUAGUACGGUAGUGUUACGGUAGUAGUACGGCGUGCCGUUUAACGGAUCUCCCUCGGCGUGCCGAACGAGCCGACGAUUAUCAUCGACGUAUCGCCGACGGCGAUAACGACGACGACAAAGACGACGACGAGACGCGGUGAUGUUAGAACGGAGAUGUUCCCGGGAGAAUCUCAUUGGGUCUCGAUGAGGGCUGCCGCGAGUACGGUGGGAAAGCAGCGUCCGCGUCGCGUGUCAUACGGCAACAGCUGUGCAGGGGAUCGCGCGAGAAGAUGUUGAGGAUGUCCGACGGCUCCUGACGACGGCCCGCGACACGAGGCGAGACGCGCGGCGUGGCUAGGCGAGGCGCAGACGGAGGCGAAAGCAAAAGCGGAGAAGGCGGAGCCCGCGAGUGCCAGGUCGAUCCUGCGGGGAUCAGCGCGUUACUGGAAAAUGACUGCCGGUGCUCGACGACUGCUGGUGCGCGUCCUCUGCGUGCUCCUCUGCCUGUCGUUACGGCCGGACCGCGCGGACUCCACUCACAUCACCGGCACGUUCGACACGCGGGAGUUCUUCCGGUUCCUCAUCAAGUUCGGCUUCCAGAAGACCGACCGUCACCGGCAGAAGGACUCGUACGGCUACAUAUUCGGCAAUGUUACAGCGAGGUCGGACUUCGACGUGCCAAUCACCCUCGCGAUACUCGACCGCGGCCACUUCCUCGAGUACUACGGUAAUCGCACAUUGACGGACAAGAGCGCCGCGUGCGCUUAUAUGUUUAAUACGCUGAAGAAGAGUUCCUAUGAUCCGGACUGCAAUGAGGAGGGUCAGGAUUUCCUGAGGCGAGUCCCGUGUCCCCGAGAUAAAUUGUGUCCGGAUGAAGACUCGGUGUGGAAUAUCGUGAAGGGACAUCAAUUCACAUAUGUUAUACAAGAUUUUUGGCAGCCACGAUUUUGGUAUAUGAGCCUGGUUGCCUGCUACAGAAACAAGACAACCUGCCAAUGGGAGUAUUACAGCAAGCACGACGAGUUGAAGUAUGACAUCUGGCUGGUAAACGGCAACCCAAACGUCAGUGGCCUAAACAGUUUGACUUACCAAUUUUCGUACGACAGACAAAAUACCAUCGAAUUGUACUUGCUGUUUUUCGUAUGUUACAUCAUAUUAGUGCCACUACAGCUGUAUGCAGUGAGAUUGCAAAAGCAUCCUGUAACAAGAUUGUUCACUGCUAGUUUAUUACUAGAAUUUGUGGCUAUAUGUUUAAUCUUGAUACACGUGUUGAAAUUUGCACUGGAUGGAGUGGGCUACGAGCAAUUAGAAGUUGCAGGUGAUAUUUUUGAUAUCUUGUCACGGACAUCCUUUAUGUUAUUAUUACUCCUACUUGCCAAAGGAUGGGCAGUAACAAGAAUGGAAUUAACAUGGAAGCCACUGGUGUUUGCUAUAUGGUUUUGUUAUGGAGUUGUGCACAUCUUAUUAUAUGUAUGGAAUAUGACAGAGGUUGACAUUAUCGAAGAUAUAGAUGAAUAUCAAACUUGGCCAGGAUGGUUCAUAUUGUUAUUUCGAAGUGCCAUAAUGAUAUGGUUUUUAUAUGAACUUCGAAACACCAUGACAUACGAGCAUAAUACUCAAAAAUUAAACUUUCUCCUUCAUUUUGGUGCAUCGUCAUUAGUUUGGUUUAUAUAUUUACCUAUUAUAGCACUUAUAGCGCUUCAAGUAAGUGCACUGUGGAGGUUUAAGCUGUUAUUAGGUAUAACAUAUUCAGCAGACUGUUUCGCUUAUUGUGUAAUGGCUCAUUUGUUAUGGCCCACUAGAAGUGAACAAUAUUUUUUACUUGCGCAAGGCGCGGAUAAUGGUGAUGAACUCGAUGAAUUCAACGAAGCGCCGCAUGUAUUAAAUAAUUAUGUAGAACCGCCGGAACUCGGUAGGCAUAUAUAUAAAUAAUAAUCACAUACAAAUGCAGAAAGAGCACCUUUAUAGAAUUCUUCCAAUUUUAUUCAAAUAAGAUUACAUGUGUUUUGCACAUUGUUGGACAAAUAUAAAUACUUUGUAUAAAA